AUGUUAAUUUUCAGUAAGUUAAGAUGCCGCGCCUUUCUAGAAAAGCCUUUUCAGAGGUCACAUUCUACUACCCCAAGUGUUAAGAUCCAGUUGUGCAGAAAAGGUUAUGGAAAGAGACCUAUUUUGUCAAUUAUUCCCAUUCGUAAUUUGCAAAGUUUAGGGAAAUUAACCAAUUGGUCAUUCGUCCCCUACGAAUCUCCCUUUCCCGAAGUCUACAUCACUUGUAGUUUGGUAAAAGACUCAGAUUCUUACUCUAUUAUAGAUGAAGGCACUGAAGCUAUGAAGCAAACUGUAUUCUUCACAUAUGGCAUCGUUUGUGGUCCCGAAAGAGACAAAACGGUUAUUUUUUGA